GGGGGCAAGUGAGGGAAGAAAGCAAGAGCAAAGAGUUGAAGAAAAAUGAAGCUGGGUGAUGCAGCAAACGCCACAAAGUUUGUUCAUCUUUUCAGAUUCAAAAUUUCUUCACUCUCUUCUUCUUCUUCUUCUUCAACCUCUCGUUUCAACGCCUUCACUUCCACUACCAAUUGCAUCAAAUGGAAACCCGAUUCCGUGCUAAGAACACUACUGAAAUCGAAGACUCUCCAUCUUCCAUUCUCGCCACGCUGCUCCUUCAAUUUCCAAACCCAUCUUACCGCUACUGCUAGCUACCUUCGUAAUUUCCGAUUUUCUGGCGGUGGAAGCAUAGUCUUAGGUCUGACAGUUGCAUCUGCAUCUGCAGCAACUGUAGCUCAUGCCAUGGAUGCUGGGGAUGCUUUCGUGGAUGAUCCUCGUAAUGACUCGCAGGACCCUUCAAAAGAGGAAGAAAAUGGGGACCAAUUGUGGAAUUUGACUAGGAAAUUUUGGCUGCCUGUUCUUUUCUUUCUUACAGUGUUGUCGAACUUGGAAGAUCCAUUUACAAUAUUGUUCAUUAAACUUACCUUAUUCCUCCUCAGCACAAAGCCCAAUCCUUUCUCUGUCUAUAUUUUUGUUGAUCAGUUGUGCCAACAAUAUGUGCACCAAGGUCAUCAAUUUUUAAAAAAGUCAGUGUAUGCCAGCAAAGUUGAAGUGCAGGACUAUACGCUUUUGUGCCUGGCUGCUGUUGAAAUAGGAGAUCAGAAGUUCACAUUGGUUGGAAUUCUCGGUGCCUGGUGGACUUUGCCAUCUUUAUUAUCUCGGGAAACAUUCUCUUUGGUUAGAAACAGACUUGUAAGCAUCUUGGGGAAAACGACUGAACAAGGCAUGCUGCAAAGUUAGAAUUAGCAGUCGGGUUCUGAACUGAAGUGGCCGUCGCUUUAGCUUCCCCUUCCAGGUCUUCUCUUGUGAUCAGCAAGUUAAUCAUGCUAUUUUUAGAAGGGCAAAUAUCUGCAGGUGUAAUCCGUGAUUGUUUUCUUGUUUUUCAAAAGGGUUUCUCUUCCCAAGUCUUUUGUUGUGACUUGUGAUCAAUCAGUUGAUCAGUCUAACUAUAGAGUUUGGAAUCAGGUUAACCCCUGUUGGUUUAGUCCUCUUGGAAGCUGUUCGAUAAAUUAUGUUUAUCAUAUAGGACUGAUACUUCUUAUUAAACUAGCCUAUCUCAUAGAAAUUGUACAUAUCUGAUGGAACAUUAACAAAACGUUGUUUUCCUCC